UCGAUAUUGGACCGAGUGGACCGAUCGAUCCGCCGCCGGGGAGCUGCACGAGAGCGCCGGGAAACCAUGGCUACGGGAUUUGGGGGCUGAAUGACGCAGGAAGGGUGGGUUCGGACGGCGCGAGGACCGCUGAUCGAUAAUCACAGGUCUGCUGCUUCCCUGUAAAUCAUGUCUUCCUCCUCCCCGGCUUCCUCGGAGCUGCCCUACUUCUGUCCUCGCUGCGGUGACGGGUUUCGGUUCUCAACUGUACCUGAGCUCCGGGCUCACCUGGUCAGCCGACACACCUACGAGACCCUGCUGGUGUUGUCCCAGGCUCGGGCCAGAAGCUCCAGAGCUGGUGCUCUCCUCCCACUGCCUGGCCCAGCUGUAUCCCAAAGUCAGAGUUCUUCUCUGGAUAUGGAACUUCAAAACCUGCCUCUGCCACUCGCCUGCCUGGAUCUUGCCUCAUCAUCUGCCUCUACCCAGCUGCUCAGGGAAAUGUUCGGUGCUUCAGAUCGCCUUCUGCCUGCCUCUACUGUACAUUCAGAAAUCUCCUCCACUGCUUUGGCCAUUCCUGGAUCUGUGGAUCCUUUUCCUGGGAAGAACCUUGGUGAGGUGGGGGUCCAGCUGGGCCUAGUGGGAAUUGGGCUGGAGGAGCGACUGGGGCUCGGUUUGGAUCAUAAAAUCGCAAGGACGUUCGCCGAGGUCGAGGAGAGGGUCAACCGGCGCAUGGGCCGACUGAAGGUGGAACUACAGAGGAGGGAGAUGGAGCUACAGCGGGCGAGGCGAGACAAGGAACGACUCAGGAGUGAGAAACAGGAAGUGGAAGAGAAGGCGGCAUACCUGUCCCGACAGGUAUCAGCUGCCAUGGAGAUGAUGAAGCAAUUAAAUAAAGAUCUGACAGGAAAAGAGAAGGAGCUGAGUGAACGACAACAGGAGAUGGUCGACAUCGAGUGUUUCUUGAGGGACACGGCAGAGAAAGAGGCCGAGGCUAAAUCAAGACUGCAGGUGUUUAUCGAGACGUUGCUGGAACGAGCCGAUCGCGCAGAGAGACAGCUGCUGAUGCUCGGCUCACGCUCGCAUCGUAACCACUUCCCUCACAGUGGCAGGUACGCAUACGCCGACCCCUACAUGCUCACAGAGGCGUACGAGCCAGCACGCAGCCGAGGAGGACGCAGCCUGGAUGGUAGCACCGAUGACAUCAUUGCAAAUAAGACCCAGGGAACCGCUGGAAACAGGAGGAGUUACAGUGUGUCAAGCUCCUAUAAGCUGGGAGAGCAGCUGCACGGCGAACACCAUUACAGCGGUCAUGCUGGACGAAUGCGGACCUCGUCUCUGGGCUCUGGAGGUUGGAACUUUGAAGGGGUGUCGGCACAUCUCCACCCACAUCACUACACUCCAUCCUGGACUCAACGAGAGAGAGGAGGAGGAGGAGGAGGAGAAGAUGGGAGGAAGGAAAGGUUCUGGGCUGAGGAAGAAGGAUGGGGGAGAACAUGGAACAAGAGAAACUUUCGUCACCAUAGCACUGAGGAGGAAGAUGAGGAUGAAGAGGAAGAAGAGGAGGGGCUGUGGACCAGUGCUGAGAUGAGGAGACUCAUCUUUGCCAGGACACACACACCUGGAUCAGAUACCCCCUCCUCGCCCCGCUCCACUCCCUCCCUUUGUUUGGACGACAGACAGCUGGUAGCAGACACCUUGAGGCUGAGGGCAGGCCUUUUUUGCGUCUUCCCAUAUUUGGAUGUGCGAUCAUUGCUGCGUGCAGCCGAGGUGUGCUCUGAUUGGCGGUUUGUUGCCAGGCACCCAGCAGUUUGGACAUGCCUCCGGCUGGAGAACGCCAGGGUGUCGACAGAGUUCCUGACGACGUUGUCACAGUGGUGCACUCAAACUCAGUCUGUGGUGCUGAACAACCUGAAGCCUCGAAGCCGUCGAACCGAUGAGACGCGAGAGGAUUACCACAGGAACAUACGAGGAAGUGUGGAGCCAGGAGUGGAGGCCCUCCUGCGGUCAGCAGGGGGCAGUCUGCUGCACCUAUCAAUCUCUCGGUGUCCCCACAUCCUCACCGACAGGACGCUGUGGCUGGCCAGCUGCUACAGCAGGAACCUCCAGACCCUCACAUACAGGAGUUCUUCAGAUCCUCUCGGUCAGGAGGUUCUUUGGGCCUUGGGUGCUGGAUGCAGGAGCAUCACCAGCCUGCAGGUGGCACCAGCUCACCCCUGCCAACAGCCGACUCGCUUUGGUAACCGCUGCUUGCAGACAAUUGGCCGCUGCUGGCCACACCUCCGCUCUCUCAGCGUGGGUGGAGCUGGUUGUGGGACUCAGGGAUUGGUUGUUGUUGUGCGCAGCUGUGCUCAGCUGCAGGUGUUGGAGUUGGAGCGUAUUACUGACCUUGGCCUGCAGGCGGCGACAGAGCUGUGUAAGGCUGGACUGAAGAAGAGCCUGCGAACGCUGAUCCUGACACACACGCCCGUGAGCGGUCAGGCCAUCCUGCACUUCCACAGUGUGUGCGAGAACAUCAGGUCAAUUGUGGUCGAGGUCUCAGCAUCAGAUUACUUUGAAGAGCCGAACACUGAGGAAGCUCAGCACCUGUUUGGAGAGAUUAUUAGUACACUGAAGGUUCUUCAGACGCGUCCGGGACUCAGUGAUGUCCUGCAGGUUAAAGCAGAAGGUUUCUACUGACCUCAACGCAAACACACACAAACAGGUUCUUUUAUACAUGAGAACGUCGAAAUCUGGUUUUAAUCCUGAAGCCAUGAAUCUGUCCCUGAACUAAUAUAUGUGCAAUAUUUACAAAAUGAUGGCCCCAAACUGUUUUUAAAAGAGAUAGUUUUUAAAGAAAGAAAUUAAUCUCUAGAUUAGAUAAAAAGAUAUUUAACAUUUUUUUAGGAUUCCACUUCUUUAACGGACCAUUCUAGUUUAUUUCAGCUCAAUUGUGGUGCACAGUGGCUCCUCUACUGACAGGCCAAUGUGCUCCGAGCUCUGGGGACACUUGUUUGGAUCUCCAGAGUAGCAAGGAUAUCCAUAUAGUAGAUAUCGGAUAUCCAGCCCACAACCUUUGUUUACGAAAGGAGAUACAUUUUUAGCCAACUUUCGAAGAUGAUUUUGAGUUUCUAUUUUACCAAAUCAAACAUAUUUGGUCAAACAUCCUGGACUACAAGCAGACACCAGAAAGCUUCUAAAAAUCUUGUUCCUCAUCUAUGGAUGUAGGUUAGCCCUCAUCAUAGAUGGUAACACAAGUACCAUAACCUUAUCCAGUGAUUGCCAAGACUUGGGAAUCACAGAAAAUGAGAUCACAAAAAUGGUGUAUUCUGAUUGCCUCGAUUAGACCAAGGGUUAUGGUUGGGGCCAUUGCUGAUGAAGGCUUAGACCUAAUAGGGCUCAUGUGAAGCUAGCAAAUUUCAAAGAUUUAGGGAAACAAGGAGCCCCAGAAAACAGCAAAUAAAGUGAUUUAUAACCAAAAAUGGAUGCAUAACUAAAUAAAAUGAAUAUUAACAAUGAACAUUUGAAACAUUACUUUUUGGUCUGCAUGAAGGUUAACACAGACAUCAACCAGAAACAGAUAUUUUACUACCUCAAUCUGGGGAUAUUUGCAAGCUGACUGAAGCAUCUGCAAGAUUAGCAACAAUGGAAGGAUAAAUAGGAAUUAUAGCAGGCUGAAGUAAACAAGAAUGAUCCCUUAAUGUUUGUGCCAAUGCGUUAUAAAACUAAAGUUAAAUCUAGUCAAAGCAUUGUCAUCCCAUGGCAUCAAAUACUGCCAUUCUGUCAGAUGCCACUGAUGUCCUAUUGAUGACACAUGUCCUUUGGCUUCAUUGUCCUGAGACAACUUGACUUAACAGUUCUCUUUUAAAACUACUUUUUGCUACUUUUAAAACCUUCGAAAAUGAAGUAAAGCUGUUAGCAGAAUUUGAAGGAAAAAAAAAGCUAGUAUGUUUUUAUGUCUAAAACAUUACAUUACAAUAGUCCAGUCUAGAUGUAAGAAUGAUUGUUGUUUUGGACUCAUUAAACUGUAUUUAUCUGAGGGACAUAGUUACAAGUUACAGGAGUCGGCUUUCUGUUUGAAAGUUUGUUUUGCCUUGUUUUCUUUUGAAGAUGUUCUGUUUCCCCCCUCGUUUUACUCUUGUUGGUUAGCUGUAGGCACCGAAAACUAC